AAAGCUCUGGGAUCUGAAUGUGUUACAUUUCAGUGAAAAGAGAAGAGAGGGAGAGUGGAUCUCUUUCUCUCCCAGGAGUUUAAAGGGGGGGAAACAGUUCACGUUAAUCUCUCCCACCCAGUGAAUAUCUUUUCUUUUUCUGCCCCUUUGCACACACUCUCUGGGGUUUUUCUUGGUUUUGGCUUUUUUUGUUUUUCUGUUGCAGAUCAAGAUCAACCAAAAAAAAUCCAUGAUAAAAAUGUGUUUGAAUUAUAUUUAGUAUCAGAAGAAGCUGCUAUCUGUGGAGGAAAAGAAAGGGGGGAGCAAGGCAGAAAAGUAGUCCUCUCCGGUGCUGACACUGUUUGAUCUCUGACUGUUUGGAAGGUGGAGGAGUGACUGACAUUUCCCAUCCGGUGCAUAUGUAUGUAUGGGGACUUUACUCCUUUUUAUUAUUUGCUUUCUUGCUCUAAGACUAAGUCCUGAGAGGAGAAGGAGAGACUGGAUCGACCUCGUUUUUUGCACAAAGAAAAAACUAUUAUCAGCGCAAUAAAAAAAAACCAAACCAAACCCAGAGAAACCCAACAACAACAACACACAAAUCCACGAGCUUGAAACAAGCCAGCGAGCGAGAAAGUUGCGCUUUGAGACUCUUUGAUCUUGGAGAAAGGGGGGGUGGAGUGGGGAGUGACUGAAUUUACCGUCUCAUCGUUGCGGCUUGCUCAGUGCUCCACCGAGAAGAAGUGAUUUAAGGGAGGGAGGAGAGGGGGGAGAAAAAGACGAAGGGGGGGGGGGAGAGAAAAAAGAAGGAAAGCAAGAGAAUGGAUUUGGGCUGAAGAUUGAACUGAUCCAAUCUAUUCAUUUUCCACAUCUCUCCACUUGCAUCUUCCCUGCCGCUGCUGCUGCGAGGACUGAAGAGCUUUGUCUUUUAAGGAACUUAAAAGAGGGGGAGAGAGAGAGAGAGCGCGAGCGAGGAAAAUUAACCUCGUCAAUGAAAACAUUUCCCGAGCAAGUUUUUGGAGUGGCGGCGGAAAUUGGCAACCCUGUCACCAGGCUGUGGCUUGCCUCAUCCCACACCCCCCCAACCCCCUCCCUCCACACCCCGCUUGCAGCGCAGGGAGCUGACCUGGGGAGGGGGGACCCAAACCAGCCAAGAAGAGAAUCCAGCCAAACUUUUUUUUCUUCCUCCCCCCCCUCCCCACUCCAUUCCUCCCUUCUCUCCUUCUAGGCGGAAUUAGAAGUUGAAUCCGUUUUCUCUCCCCUUGCCCUCCCCCCCCCCUUUUUUUUAUUUGUGUGUGUGUGUUUGUUUCUGCAUGAGAAGAGUGGGCUUGGAAGAGGAGUCCUGUGCGGAAACUCUCCAGCGGCUGCAGCGGAGGAGGAGGCGGAGGGCGGCGGCGGAGGCAGCACCAGCAUGCCGAGGAGAAAGCAGCAAGCACCCCGGCGCUCUGCAGCAUAUGUUCCUGAGGAGGAGUUGAAGGCAGCGGAAAUAGAUGAAGACAGAGUGGAGGAUGACGGGCUAUCUCUGGACAUCCAGGAGAGUGAGUAUUUGUGCAAUGAAGAAACAGAGCUCAAAGAGGCUCAAAGCUACCAGAACUCCCCAGUCAGCUCUGCAACUAAUCAAGAUGCAGGCUAUGGUUCGCCGUUUAGUGAAAACAGUGAUCGACUGGCCCAUUUCAAAAGCACUUCCUCUCAAGAAGAGAGAGAGGAUCAUCAGUGCACAGACAAUGCUUCCUAUCCACAGGACAGCUUGGCACAAAUAAAAGCUGUGUAUGCAAAUUUACUCUCAGAGUCUUGCUGGUCCAGUUUAGCUUUGGACUUAAAGAAAUCCAGUCCAACGACCAGCACCAAUGAAAUCAGCCAGAAUGAAAACACCACCAAUUGCAAUGCUAGCACCAACUCCCACAGUACCAGUACCAACACGAGUACCAGUACUAGUACGAGUAACUGUAAUACUAGUCACAGUAACAGUGGUGGCUCCGGUUAUGACUGGCACCAAGCUGCAUUAGCGAAAACUUUGCAGCAGACUUCUUCAUAUGGACUUCUCCCGGAGCCUAGUCUGUUCAGCACAGUUCAGCUUUACCGGCAAAACAAUAAACUCUAUGGGUCUGUGUUCACCGGUGCUAGUAAAUUUCGAUGCAAAGACUGCAGUGCAGCCUAUGACACACUGGUGGAGCUAACAGUGCAUAUGAAUGAAACUGGACAUUACCGUGAUGACAACAGAGAUAAAGAAUCUGAAAAGACCAAACGGUGGUCAAAGCCUAGAAAACGUUCACUUAUGGAAAUGGAAGGCAAAGAGGAUGCUCAAAAAGUGCUGAAAUGCAUGUACUGUGGGCAUUCAUUUGAAUCUUUGCAAGACCUGAGUGUCCAUAUGAUAAAAACAAAGCAUUACCAGAAAGUGCCUCUGAAGGAACCAGUACCAGCCAUCACUAAAUUGGUCCCCUCUACCAAAAAGCGAGCACUUCAGGACUUAGCUUCACCUUGUUCACCUGAGCCACCAGGGAUCACUGGAGAGGGUGCAUUGAGUGAGUCUGCAAAGGAUCAGAAAACUGCCAAUCCCUAUGUGACUCCAAACAAUCGCUAUGGCUAUCAAAAUGGUGCUAGCUACACUUGGCAGUUUGAGGCCCGUAAAGCCCAGAUAUUGAAAUGCAUGGAAUGUGGCAGUUCUCAUGACACGUUGCAGCAACUUACUGCUCAUAUGAUGGUCACUGGUCAUUUUUUGAAGGUGACCAACUCCGCCUCGAAAAAAGGAAAACAACUAGUGUUGGACCCUGUGGUGGAGGAAAAGAUACAGUCCAUACCUUUGCCACCCACCACCCAUACGAGACUACCAGCCUCCAACAUUAAAAAGCAUCCUGAUUCUCCAGCUGGGUCUACAAACUCUGAGGAGAAGAAGGACCCAGAAAAGGAAAAGGUGGUUGUCACUGAAACAGACAAAAAGAUAAAAGAGGAGAGUGAGGACUCUAUGGAAAAAUUUGAGCCAACAACUUUAUAUCAGUACCUCAGAGAGGAGGAUCUGGAUGACAGUCCUAAAGGUGGAAUAGAUAUAUUGAAAUCCCUUGAGAACACAGUGACAACAGCUAUCAGCAAGGCUCAGAAUGGAGCACCUUCCUGGGGAGGAUAUCCCAGCAUUCAUGCAGCUUACCAGCUACCGGGAACAGUAAAGUCCCUACAACCCACAGUGCAGAGUGUUCAAAUGCAGCCAUCCUAUGCCAGUAGUGUAAAAUCACUGUCGUCGGAACACAGUGCACUUGUCCAUUCCCCAGGUAGUCUCACACCCCCACCUCACAAGAGUAAUGUGUCUGCGAUGGAGGAGCUGGUGGAGAAGGUUACAGGUAAAAUCAAUGUAAAGAGGGAAGAAAAACCUGCAGAGAAAGAGAAGAGUUCUCCGGUUAAACCAACAUCACCUGCUGCUAAAGAAAACAAAGACUUUCCAAAAUCAGAGGAAAUAAACAACAAACAGCAGCAGAAAAAGAGUGCCAAUGCAGAAGUUCAGAAGGUCAAAAAGGACAGUCCAGCUGAAGCUCAUACUCCAAAUGGUACAGAGCCACUCAAAGCAAAAGUCGCAAAUGGCUGUAAUAAUUUAGGAAUCAUCACAGAUCAUUCGCCUGAGCCAUCUUUCAUUAACCCAUUGAGUGCUUUACAGUCCAUUAUGAAUACCCACCUAGGCAAAGUUUCUAAGCCAGUAAGCCCCUCCUUGGACCCUUUGGCCAUGUUGUACAAAAUUAGCAACAGUAUGUUGGACAAACCUAUUUACCCGACCACUCCGGUCAAGCAGGCUGAUGCCAUCGACCGGUACUACUAUGAAAACAGUGAUCAGCCCAUUGAUUUAACCAAGUCCAAAAGCAAACCUCUUGUUUCCAGUGUGGCUGACUCUGUCUCUUCUCCUCUAAGGGAGAGCGCCCUAAUGGAUAUUUCUGAUAUGGUGAAAAAUCUCACCGGGCGUUUGACACCCAAGUCUUCGACUCCGUCUACUGUGUCAGAGAAGUCGGAUGCUGAUGGAAGCAGUUUUGAGGAAGCUCUGGAUGAGCUGUCACCAGUACACAAGAGGAAAGGCAGACAGUCCAACUGGAACCCUCAGCAUCUUCUGAUCCUUCAAGCACAGUUUGCUUCCAGCUUGAGGGAGACACCAGAAGGCAAAUAUAUUAUGUCAGACCUCGGUCCACAGGAGCGGGUACACAUCUCUAAGUUUACUGGUCUUUCCAUGACCACAAUUAGCCACUGGCUGGCCAAUGUGAAGUAUCAGUUAAGGAGGACAGGUGGAACUAAGUUUUUAAAGAACCUAGACACAGGACAUCCUGUUUUCUUUUGCAAUGAUUGUGCCUCUCAAUUCAGGACUGCUUCUACGUACAUAAGUCACUUAGAGACACAUUUAGGGUUUAGUUUGAAGGAUCUGUCAAAGUUGCCACUAAAUCAGAUUCAAGAACAGCAGAAUGUUUCAAAAGUCCUCACGAACAAGACUUUGGGUUCACUUGGAAUUUCUGAGGAGGACUUGGGAUCCACAUUCCAGUGUAAGCUCUGUAACCGAACUUUUGCAAGUAAGCACGCAGUCAAACUGCACCUUAGUAAAACACACGGCAAGUCCCCAGAGGACCAUCUGAUCUAUGUAACUGAGUUAGAAAAACAAUAGCGUCCAGAUAAGCAGCUAGGUAUGCAAGUGACCAUGGGAACAUUGCACUAAACUUCUUCAUAGUACUGCACUAGGCCUGACCUGAGCCUCUGAAAUCAGUCUUACUUUUGUUGCUGAACUGCCUAUCUGGACCUUGGUUUUUCUUACACUUAUUUUGUAGUUAUAUUUAUAUGCUCUUUGUCUGAUCUGUGCAUGGUGGUUUUUUUUGCUUUGUUUUGUUUUUUUUGUGAGUAAAAGUCUGACCUUUAUUUUCAACAUCUGUCCUUGAUGUUAAGCUAUCUUUUAUAGAAUAUAGUGGGAGACACUAUUGAGAAACAUUAAUUUAGCAGUAAAGAAAGACACAAAGAACAAUGAUAUAAAGACAUCCUAAAAUUGCAAAGUUGCCAUGACAAUAAAGGUCACAGAACCCAGUAGUGUCAAGUUUUAACCCUCGAAGAACUAAUAGCAUUUCUGUGCCUUUCCAAAUAAUUAAAUAAAUAAAGAGGCUUAAAGGGAUUUCAUUCAAAUCAAAGCUAUGUCAAAAACAAAAUGUACUAAAGAUUUUUUUUUUUAAACUGAAUGAGCAUUUUUUAACGCAGAGCUGGUUUGUGGAGAAAAGAUGCAUGCAGUUCUUGGACGAAGGAAAGCUAUCUAGUACUCACGGGGUUAGGAAGCCACAACUGUAAGAGUUUAAUAAUAAUAAUAAUAAUAAAAAUAAUAUAAAAUAGCAAACCAAGUUGCCACUAUGCCCAAACCCUCUGGAUGCUGAAAAUUGCCACUUUUUUUGGCAAAAAAAGUAUGCAAGCUGUUGUUUAAAAAAAAAAGUGUAAAAAUGCUUUUUUUCCCUGUAAAAUACUGCAGUUUAUAGUUAUUUACAAAUGUUAAGCUUUGGUACAAGCUCACCUUUCUAUAGUGUGCUGCAUUGGUAAAUGAAAACAAAAAACAAAACAUAAAAAGAGGCAAAUGUUGGAUUCCAUUCCUUGUAAAUUGCCAGCAUCAGCUUAAAAAAAUACAUGUUACAUAUCGUACCAUUUUAAACUGUUUAACUUUCUUUGUACCUUCUGGCUGUAUGCUUUCUCUUUUAACUUUUUAUAUCGUCAUUUUAUAUUCGACUUCUGUGUAUAUAAUGUAAAACCACACUUUUUGAAUAAAAUUUAGUUCCUGCAGCUUGAUUUAAAUAGAGAAAUUUUACUGGCACCUGCAUCUUUCCAGAUGCAUGUACUUAAAGGAACUAUCUGACAAAAAUAAAUAAAUAAAAAUAAAGCAAGCAAUGCACUAUGAAUUAUACAUUUUGAUGUUUUAUCAUUAAUAUUGUACAGUACAUUUUGGUUCACACAAUUAAAUCCACUGUUUUCUCAAGUGUAAAAUAAACCCACAUGCAGUUCUUGAUUUA